UGAGCGUUGAGAGGCAGUGGGGUGUUGAGUAAUCUGAAUGCAUCAGGGAAGAAACUGUUGUGGAGUCUGCUGAUGGUGGAACAGAUGUUCCUGUACCUUCUGUAAGAUGGUAGGAGGGUGACAAGUCCAUGAGAGGGUGAGAGGGGUCAUCUGCAACACUGGUAGCUUUGUGGAUGCAGUGGUUGUUGAAUGAAUAAAGUCGCUAAGGAUAAGGGCGUCUGCCAAAUGCCAAAAGCAUCACGCUGCCUCUGCCGGCUUGCCUUCUUCCCAUAGUGCAUCCUGUUGCCAGCUCUUCCCCAGGUAAGUGACGCACACGCACCCAGCCGUCCACAUGUAAAAGAAAAUGUGAUUCAUCAGACCAGGCCACUUUCUUCCAUUGCUUCAUGGUCCAGUUCUCCUGCUCACCUGCACAUUGUAACCGCUUUCGGCAGUGGACAGGGGUCAGCAUGGUCACUCUGAUCGGUCUGCGUCUGUGCAGCUCUGUACGCAGCAAGCUGUGAUGCACUGCUUUAUGUCAACAUAAAAUUUUUCAGCAAUUUGUGCUACAAUAGCUCUUCUGUGGGAUUGGACCAGAUGGACCAGAUGGUCUCGCCUUCGUUUCCCACACGCACCGCUGAGCCUUGGGCGCCCCUGACCCUGUCACUGGUUCACUGCUUGUCCUUCCAUGGACUACUUUUGGUAGGUAUUAACCACUGCGUACCGGGAACACCCCAUGAGACCUGCCGUUUUGGAGAUGCUCUGACCCUGUCGUCUAGCCAUCACAAUUCGGCCCUUGUUAAAGUCACUCAGAUCCUUACGCUUGCCCAUUUUUUCCUGUUUCCAACACAUCACCUUUGAGAACUGACUGUUCACUUGCUGCCUAAUAUAUCCCACCUCUUAACAGGUACCACUGUAGUGAGAUAAUCAAUGUUAUUCACGUCACCUGUCAGCGCUUUUAAUAUUAUGGCUGAUCGGUAUAUAUUUAUUAAGUAAUUAUUCUAUUAGCAAAGAGGUUUGACAUGCAAGCAAAGCCCUUUCCUUAUGUACUUGUCAGAGGUCUGUUUUAAACAUGUCUAACAUACCAUUUCUCUAAUCAACAUUAUUCACUGGAUUGGUUAACUCACCCCAAGGUGUUGUAUGAUAAUCCGGCUUCUGGGUUUGAGUUUCUGAAACGAUGGGUCAAACAAAAGGUCCCUAGUGUAGACCAGGUUGCUCUAGUAUGCAUAUAUGUGUAUGUCUGUGUAAGAAGGAAAUCUGUAUAUUGUUAAAUAUAAAAGCAAACACUGUAAAUGUGUUUUCAUAAACUUGUACAAUACGUUUGAUGUCAGCACAUUGUUCAGCAAGAAAUACAAAUUAAAUUGAUACCAAACAUGCCCUGAGGAAUAUCAUUUUAUUCUGACCAGUUACCAACAAUCUAAUGGAUGCUAAUCCCUAGGUUUCUGGAUUAUCUGAAAAUAAUUUAAUUUGUGUCUAAGUCCACUGUCAACCUAUGAAUAAAAACAGUCUUAUGUUUACGAGCUGCCACAAUGGAUCUGGGUGGAAUAGGUGAGUUUGAUAAGUCUCCAGUGUGCUGAUUGUUUGCUUUACUAAUGGAUCAGCAUGUGUGGAAAGAAAACUUGUGUGUUUCUGCUGUUUACAUUGCAAGAGAAUGGGCCUGGUGUGUAUAUGCGUGUGACAUAUUCAACAGAUAGCCUGAAAUGUUGUAGGAUCCACUGCUAUUCCAUGUCCUAGUUACACUGACUGUGUUUUAUAAUACUGGGAUUUUGUCCUCUUAGUUGUUACUGUAUAUAGUGCUGUGUGUGGGUGUCUUUGAAAUACAAAGCUCUGCUUUUGAUCUAUGGUUCUGGUUUUCUGUCCAACAGAAGGCCUGAACGACGCCUGUCCUGCAGUUUACCGCGCUGCACUGAAGCUUCGUUCCCUGCAGAAACUUUGCCGCAUGCAUAUGGUCUUGAUCCGGGAUUUAGGCUCGGCUCUUUGGGCUGUAGGGGACUUGGGGAAUCUUUCCGAGGAAAGCUUGAAGCAGAGCCUAGAACAGCUCUUCCAGGGUGUUUUACAGAAAUUACCUGUUCAGGUGGUACCAGAAGCUAUAGAGCAGACUUCCAGACUUCUCUUCAAGCUGUACGACAGGGAGAAGACUGGCUUUGUCCUUCUCAGAUCUGUGGAAGUGGCACUGACAGUGCUUUCAGGGGACACACUUUCAGCCAAACAGAGAGCUCUGUUCCAGCUGGCUGUUAGCUGUAGCAGAAGGCAAGGCACAGAGGACGCUUUUGUCAGCCGUGCCGGCCUCAGGAACCUUCUGGACGACCUUAGUCAGGUGCCAGCUGUGGUCCAGGAGAGCCAUGUGUUUGGUCCAGUGGAGGCUGCUAUCCAAUCCUGCUUCAGUGGGGUAUGUUCUACUUCUACACACAGAUGUACACACACACAGACACACCCAGAAGCUCACAGUGUUUUUGACUUUACCCAGGCUAUCAAUGGGAGAGCCGGGGAGGAACAUUUUGUGAGCUGGCUGCAAUCAGAGCCUCGUUUACUGCUGUGGCUGUCCACCCUCUACAGACUCUCAGUUAGUGAGGCAGUACAGCACAGAGUACACUGCCACGCCUGCAAGGCCUUCCCCAUCACAGGUCUCAGGUAUCGCUGUUUGAAGUGUUUGAACGUCCACCUGUGCCAAAACUGUUUCCUGACCAAGAAACGUACAAGGAAGCACAAGCCUUCACAUCCAGUUCUGGAGUACUGCACUCAGCCCUCAUGGAAGGAAUCAGUGGCAUCAUUGGCAUCCAGUGCUCGCCAUGUUCUUCUGCCACGGCGCUACACCAGGAGAGGAACAGAGAGGAGGAGAGCUCUUAUAGCUGGAUCCAAUGAAGAGACACAUGACAGGUACAGAAAAAGAGUGUGUGUAUUCAUUAAUGUACAUUUUCAUUCUUUCAGGUGUCCUCUUUCCCUCAGUGCUCAUGUCUCAGAGCUGCAGCAGCAAGAGUGUGUUGAUAAUCUGGAAAGUUUGGACGUCACUGUAUCUGAAAAUGUUCCUCCUUCUCCUCCUCCUCCUCCUUCUCCUCCUCCUCUGCAACUUAACAUGGAGUCAAAAUCACUCCAGACAGAUGAGUCGGAAACCCAGCCUCAGAGAAAGAUGUCAUUACUCCAAAAGGACCUAAGCAUCACGCGAAACGCCAUGAAAGACCUGCAGAGAGAUAAAUGGUGGCUUCUGGAGAAAGAAUUUCAGGUGUGGAAAGUUGCUGCACAGUCAGAGCAUGACUCUUUGGAAGACAGGUGCACGGCGCUGGAGGCCACCAUGGAGGCGCUGAUCCAGCACAACCAACAGCUGGAGCAGGAGCUAGGACAAGUCAGACAUGCAUUGAGUACGAGGGGAAGAGAUGAGUUUGGCGGCGAUAUCCACACCCCUCCUCCACAACAACACAGCGGAGAUAACACCAGCGAGAAACAGUUCACAGAAUCAGAAACUCCAGCUUCCUACACCAGCUCUACUACAAAAAAGGAUGAGGAAACACCGACAGGGGAAGUGAAGGAGCGAGAACAGCAGAUGGAAGCAGAAGAGACUCUGAAUCAAGUGCAAGAGGAAGGGCAUAUAGACGUAGUAGUUACUGAAACCUGUGUGAUCGAGACAAAGAAAGAGGUCCAACUUGUUGGGGAGUCUGAAGAUGAGGAGGAGGAGGAGGAGGAGGAAGAGGAGGAGCCACACCUUUACGUACAAGAGCUUAUUGGAAAAGAUACAAGCUUAGAAGGGUCUGCCAUAGUGGAGGAUUCUGGGACAGAUAACUCCGAUGAGGAAGAAGAGCUUUGUGAACUAGUGCAGAGACUUCAUGGUGCACUCCUAUCCACACAAAUAGGGGGUGGUUCGCGUCAGACAGAGGCGCUGUUACAGGCAGCAGGAGGGGUUGGAGAUUCAGUGUUUCAUCUUGUUACUUCUCUCAAAUCAAUCGGCUCAUCCAUACAGGAUAUGGAACAGGGGUGAGCAAAUAGUGGUCCGCACGACAAAGCCUUGUGCCAGCAAGCAAGUUUAUUUUCCAAACCAAUGAAACAGGAACCACUGAAAUGUCUUACCUGUUCAGCAGAAAAAAAAUUUCCAUCUCUGCUUCAGUCUUCAAAUCCCUACAGAUCUCAGAGUUAUUGCCACCACCAAUCGCCACCGCCAAUAACUAUACUUUUAACACAGGCUCUGCAGGCUCUCCGCAGUUCAAGGUUUCUUGGUUUUGACAACAGCUGAUUCCCCAGAUGUCAAUGAUGAUUGCGUUUAGGACGAUCCAGAUUAAAACAGCUAUCUAGAUGACCAGUUUAAAUUCAAGAAACUGCUGUAAGAACAAGCUACAAACACUCCACCAUCCUCAGCCCCCACACACACGUGAUAUAAUAGCCAGGUCUUCUUCUUUCUGUUUACGGACAUGACGUAACCACGCAAAGACGAAUGACAUCAAACCGACAUUUCCAGCGAAAUCCGACCCAACAGCUCAAAUUAUAAAUCAUUAUUAUUAUUAUAAGCUUACCGUUGCGAAUCGGGGUACGGUAAGAAGACAGUUUUAAACACUGAUUUUUUUUUAUGUACUUGCUCAAUAAUAAUCACUGAGCUGUGGUAUUUGCAAUCCUUAACUAGAAACUAUAAAUACUUGAAACUUGUACACACAGAAACAAAACUAAAAUAUUUACUGUCAUUGAACACGUACACUUAUGAGAAUGUCCUUAUGAGUAGCUUGUGAAGUUUUUUCAUAUAUAUAUAUAUA